CUGCGUAGGGACUGCCCUCUCUUGGUCAGUCUCCCCUGUCUGACUUUUAAUGAACGGAGCCCCCGCGUUCAGUUCCCUUUAACAGAAGGAGCCAGAGCGUGUGACUGGGACGGAGACACGGGAGUGAUCAGCAGCGGGAACGGACCGAAGCGGAAUCCUUACAAAGGGACUGCAACGCUUUAAAUAUCCGGAUGGACGGGACGAGAGGAAGAGGAGGAGAGGGCAGAGGCCAGCGAGACCCGUUCGCACUGAGAGUGGAGGCACUUACAGGAAAAUAAAGAAAUACAAUAGAAUUUAUGAAAAGCCUUACAUAAACAAAGACUGACAACCAACCAAUGAGCAAAAGAAGACAAAAAGAGCAAAUGAAUAUAUAAAUCAUACUGAGAACAGGUCGUAGGUCCUGGAAAGUAAGCCUGUAUGCUGUGGAAUCAAUUCAGUGCUGAGGAAAGUGCAGCAGAGACCGACUGACUCUCUGACUCCUCCAGCAUGGCGGCCAAGCGCAAGUCCAGCGCUCCACAGCCGGUGGGGCCGGGUGAACAUGAGAGGGCGGCAGGUGAGACUGAGGAAGGGGGCUGGUCCAGGCCUGGGGCCCCCGAGGUGUUGUACGACCGGGAGCAGGACCGGGAGCGAGUGCUGGGAGCCGGCCGACGCUGGGAGAGGGAGGAGGACAAAGACCAGGAAGAGGAUGGAAUUGAGGACGAGGAAGGGCCAGAGGGAUACCACUGCCAGAUCUGUGGGUACCAUGCUGACCAGUUGCAGCCCUUCAACCUCCAUCUCCACACCGUCCACCCAGCUGUGGUGCUGCAGGAGCUGUACGGCCUGUUGGGCUUACCUGCAAGCCUCGUGCCUGGUCUCCUAGGAGCCCCUGUCCCUGGACUGGGUGUAACAAUCAGUCCCCGGCCCAUCCUCAGCCCCAGCCACAUCGGAGGUCCCAUCCCUGGCCGGGGACCCGAGCAUAUUUGGGGACUCCUCUCGAGGCUGGGGCCCACCGGGGCCCAGCAUCCUGGUCUGGGACUGACUGGAGGGCCUAUUGCUGGCCUAGGACUGACUGAAGAGUCCCAUCUCAGCCUGGGACUGACCGGAGGCCCCCAUCCCAGCCUGGGACUGAGAGGGAGGCCUGUUGCUGGUUAUGGACUGACCGAGGAUCCCCAUCCCAGCCUGAGGCUGACUGGAGAUCUUUAUCCCAGCCUGGGACUGACUGGUGGCCCUACCAAAGGACCCCACCCCAACCUGUCCCGGGGGACAACCUCAGGCCUGGGCCAAGCAGCACAUACACUGCUGGGCCGGCCUGAGGGCCACAGCCCCAGGGCAGAAGGCGAAUGUGGGGGCAGGGAGUCAGCCAUCGUGCAGAUCGACCUGACAGGCGAGGAUGAGGCUGAGGCAGGCGGGGAAGCUGAGUCUGGGCUGGGAGCAACAGUCAGCCCAGAGAAGGCAGCUCUCGUUCCCUCAGCAGUGACAGUGGAGGGCACCUCCUCCUCCCAGUGCAAGCUGCCAGAGCCUACGACUCAGCCGGCUCCAGAUGCCGAGCUGGAGCUGGAGCUGGAGGCCGGUGGGCCCCUGGCUGAGUCCUUCAGUCGCUUCCCUUACCCGAGCCCGGCUGAGCUGGCCCGCUGCGGCCUGUCAGCAGGGCUACCGGCAGAGCGGGUCAGGGUGUGGUUCGCUGUUCAGAGAUUGCGGCACGGCAUCAGCUGGACCCCCGAGGAGGUGUGGGAAGCCCGUGACAAGCUGCAGCAGGGCCACAGACCACUACGACUGCCGCUGCCAACAAUGGCGCCAGGAUCCAAGUGUGUCCAGGGGCUGUGUGGCCUCAAGGUCCAGGCUCAGCCAGCGGCACUUAGGGGUGGCUCCUCCCCCCGCCACCCUCCUCCAGAGCAAACGGAGUGCUGGAAUUCCAAGGCCCGUGACAGCCCGGGAGGGGAAGCGGGUCCUGAGAGCAAACCCCUCCUUCAGCAGGAUGGGGAGGACGAGGAGGAGGGCGAAAUGGAUGAGGAGGAGGGGCCGCAAGAAGCCGCCCCCAGGCAGGCCAGUCCCCGCCUCCAGCCCCCGCUGCUAGGCCGUCCCCGUAAGUCCAAAGAGCAGCUGGCCGUGCUGAAGGGCUUCUUCCUGCGAUGCCGCUGGCCGAGUGCCGACGACUACAGCCGGCUGGUGCAGAGCACUGGCCUGGCCCGUGCAGACAUCAUCCAGUGGUUUGGUGACACCCGCUACGCCCUGAAGAAUGGGCAGCUCAAGUGGGUCCACCGGGGCUCGGCGGCCUUGGCCGGGGUCCGAGGGGGAGGAAGCCGGGCGGGGGGCCCCAGGCGGGGAGAGCUGACCCAGGGGCUGCAGGAAGCCGGCUCUGACAAGGAGCGGCUGGAGGGUGCAGAAGAGAAGGUGGUGGGCAAACCUGGGCUGAACCAGGAGAUCUCUGGUCAUGGCAACCCUGUUGUCAGGCUGGUGCUUUAACCCUGGGAAGGGUUGGAUGAGAAGGCUGAAAAGGAAGGUGGUCCUCCUGGGAUUGAGGGGUGAGGAGUCAACUCUGCCAGGCUCAGCAGUCAUUUCCAACGAAAGCCAGGGGUCAACUCUGAAUGAAGUGAGAAUUCCACUCUACCCAGUCCAGGUCGGCCGACCGCACCCCCACUGCCCAAUCUCGCUAUCCUUUUACCUGCUCAGGUGGGACGAGAAAGUGAAGUGGGGUGGUGGGGGGUGGAUUUAUGUCGAUAUGGAGAGGGUUAACCCUGCCUGUGCUGGCAGAGUGUCAACGAGCUCAGGUCCCUGGACACUGAGGACCACUUGUAUGGUUAAGGAGCAAGGGUGUGUGGCCCUCAUUACUCCAGGGGCUCCGCCUUCUUCACCAUCAGCUCUGCACCCCCUCGCCGCUGCCACACUCCCUUAUCUGGUCCAGUGAUGGGAUGACCUUACUCUUGUCUUGGGACUAACAUGGAAGAGUAGUCCCAUCCUGUGGCAGUCAGUCCCACUCUGGACUGUUGUUCGGCUGGGAGUAAAACAGUUCCAGAUAUGCACCUCCUUUCCAUAGUAGAGAAUUUCUCCCCAUCUCUGUCCAGAGUGACACCCCAUCCUGCCUCUAGGCUCCUUAGCCAGACAAAACGUUGGCCACAUUGAGCCCUGAAGUCAUUUCUUCAAUCACUGACAUGUUUAAGUGCUGAUCCCAACACAUAACAGGGAAGAUGGGAUCUGCGCACAGCAUUGCCUUUGCUCCCUCUGAACUCCCCACCACCACCACCACCACUACAGUCUCUUCCAAACCAGGGAUGCAAUACCACGUUUGACUUCAGUGACCCCUGCACAUCCUCGUGAUCUGGUGAACGUCUUCAGGAUGCGGUGGUGCUGGGGGUAAGAUAUGUCUCUCCAUAAAAGAGGGUAAUUGGGAAGAAAAUGCCGCCCCUAUGUUGGGGUUCACAAGACCCUUACCUAUUCUAACCUCACCCACCCACUCCGCCCUACCUCGUGUUGUCACCGUCUUUCCCUGGAAUGAAUUGGACUGCUGGCUCCCACAAAGAUUGAAUCCUUGACCCCAGUCUGACCCACUCCAUCGCCUUGUCCACCUUGGGAAGACAUAUUGGAUGAGUGGAGAGUCUCAGAACCAGUACGCACUGGUGUUGCUCAUCCUGACUGACCAGAAUUGUGUUGCUAUUUCCAAAAAAAAAAACUUUUUACAAACCAA